AUGGCGAGUCUCCCACCGAGCAUCACCAACGCCAGCCGGGAACAGCUGCAGCAGUUCCUACUGGACACCCUGAAGAAGCUCAAGUCCAGGGACAAGCGGCUCGAGGAGCUCCAGGCCGCUGCGAGCGCGAGUGCAGCGGAGGUGGAGGGCCUGCAGGCCCGCCUGGUGUCCUCCUCCCGCGAGUCCCAGGCCCGCCUGGAUGCCGAGGUGGAGCUCUUGGCCUCCCAGCACGCCCGGGAGUUGAAGGAGGCAUCCGCCACGGCCCAGGACCUGGUCGCCCAGCUGGCCGCCCGCGAGCGCCGCGCCGCGCAGCUGGAGGGCGAGCUGGAGGGCGCGGAGGCACGCUGCGAGGCCGCGGAGCAGGCCGCGGCUGAGUCCGCCGCACAGCACGCCCAGGUCCUGGAGCAGGCCGUGCUGGAGAAGGAGGCGGCCGAGGCUGCCGCCGCCCGGCUGCAGGCCCGGCUGGCGGAGGUGGAGACGGCAGCCAGUGAGGCCCAAGCCCCGAGAGCGCAGGAUGGCAAGCCUGGGACGCUCCCCUCGGAUGCCCCUGGGCCCGAGGCUCGGGCCUCCCCUGCGCCAGACCCCCAGCUCCUGGAGAAGAUCGACCUGCUGACCAGCACUGUGUCCGAGCUGGAACAGCGCCAGGCCGAGCUGCGGACGGAGAACGCGCGCCUGCUGCAGACCGAGGAGCAGACCUCCGCCGAGCUGCUCACCCGUCUGGCCGCGGUGUCCAGCGCCAACCGCCAGUCCUUUGAGGCCCUGGGGGAGAAGGAGGGCCUCCUGGCUGCCGUGGACGUUAUGCAGGCCCACGUGGCCAAACUGGAGCAGGCGCUGGCUGAGCGGGAGCAGGAAAGCGCGGAACUGGAGUUGUUGCGAGAGCGGCUGGCCGCCCGGGAGGCCACGGCCAACGGCGGGGAGAGGGGAAAGGAUGACCCCUCAGAGGCGGCUGCCCUGCGAGCGGAGCUGGAAAGAGCGAAAGAGCGCGUGCGUGAGCUGGAGCUGGAGCUGGAGACCAGCGAGGCGGCGCUGCAGGAUCUGCGCACGGCGAGCGCGGCCGAGUCGGGCCGGGCGGGGGACACGCUGUCGGCCAUGCGGACCGAGGUCGAGGCCCUCCAGGCCGAGCGGGAGGCGUUGCAGGCCGAGUGCGCUGAGGUGGAGGCGGCCAACCUUCGCCGGGAGGAGCAGUACGCGAAGCUGGAGCGUGAGCUUGUGAGCCUGCAGGCACAGCUGGUGAGCAGGAGCGAGGAGGCAGCGGCGCUGGAGGCGCGGCUGGCUGCGGCCGCCGAGGCCGGGAAGAGCGGCGAAGACGAGGAGGAGCAGGCACUGGCGGACGCCAGGGCGGAGCUGGCGGGCGUGCGCGCUGAGCUGGAGGCCGCGGAGGGCAGGCUGGCGACGGCAAAGGGCGAGUUGGAGGCCCAGACUGCCCAGCUGGCGGCCAGGAGUGGUGAGCUGGAGUCCCGGACCUCCGAGCUGACCGCGGUGAAGGGCGAGCUGCAAGCGGCAGCCUCGGGCCUGGCCGGUGCAAAGGCAGCGGAGGCCCGCCUGGGCUCGGAGCUGGCAGAGGCGCGGCACGGCCUGGAAGAGCUGGGCGCGCGCCUCGCGGCAACCGAGGCGGCGACGGCGGAACAGCGCGCCAAGCUGGACACGCUGGCGGCCGCCCUGGCUGAUGCACAGGCGGCAGCAACUUCGUCGGCCCAGAGAGUUCAGGAGCUGGAAGAUGCCCUGGCGGGCGCGCGGAGCGCCAGCGCCAGCGGCGACUCGGCGGCGGCCUCCCAGCUUGCCGCUGCGCAGGGCGCCCUGGAAGCUGCGCAGAAGGAGCUGGCGACCAUCCGCCGGCAGCAGGAGGUGGAGCGUGGACGUGUAAAGAAGGCCAUUGCCGACCUCAAGCGACGGCUGGAGGGCGAGGCCGAGCUGGCGUCGACACGCGAGGGCGCCGCCGCCGCGCGCGCGGAGCUGGAAACGCGCGUCGCCGACCUCUCUGAGCGCUUGGAGGCCGAGGCCCGAGAGGCCGCCGCUUUGCGGGCGGCGGCUGCACCGGGUCGGGCGACGGCCAACGGCGAGGCGCGUGGGAUUGGCUCGGAGGCGGGCGAGGCGCCGGCCUGGUCCCUGGAGCCGGACGGGAGUGCAGGCCUGUCUUUUGCGCCGGAGGCCCUCGAAAAGCUGACGGAGCAGCACGCGGAGCUGCAGGCCUCGCAGCGCCGUGUGGACGAACUGGAAAGGGAGUGCGCCGACCUGGAGCAGGAGUGCGCCCUGAGGCAGGAGCAGGAAGCUGCCCUGAAGGAGACCGUGCGGGAACUGGGCCGGGAGCUGGAGCGCCUGCGUUUGUCCGGCAAACAGAUGGACAUGGAGUACUUCAAGAACGUCAUGCUGAAGCUGUUUGAGACGGGGGAGGCCGGCAGCCUGCUGCCGGUGGUGGCGACCGUGCUCCGCUUCUCGCCGGAGGAGCUGGAGCGGUGCAGGAAGGCCACCGCGCAGUGGGGGACAGGGCACGCCAACCACACGCAGAACGGCGCAGACGCCCCCUCGCUCCUCUCCGGGCUGACAUCCUGGCUGGGAUCCGGAUCUUGA